AUUGUUCUACAUGUUUUUCAUCCUCGCGGUUUAUCAGAACACAAUUAAAUUAAUUCAUUCAAAAUGUUCAAACUAAGUUUCAUUAUUGUCAUGUUGGUAGCCAUUGCGAGCGUUUUAAGCAGUGACGCCCCAGCCCCAGACUGCACCUCUCCUUUUGCCACCGGACUAUGCAGAGGCUCGUUCAAAGUUUACGGCUACAAUCCUGACAGUGGAAAAUGCGAAUCGUUCAUCUACGGGGGAUGUUUAGGCAACGACAACCGUUACAACACUCUAGAGGACUGCCAAGCUGCUUGCGAGAGUGACUGCAACAAAUAACGAGACGCAAGCAAUCAAUUGGGUAUUUGACAGCACAGUCAAUUGACAUACUUUUUUCAAACUGUCAAAACGCACCAUUCCCUAUUUUUCACACUUUUGCUAUGUCAGCAAAAGUAUAAAAAAACAGAAAGGGAAGCUAAGUUAGUAAUGCUAAAUUUGCUAAGUGGUGUCUUGUUAUUAUAGUGUCAACUACCCAAUGAUAAUAAGAAUAAGAAUAAGAAAAACUUUAUUUGACACAAAAAGAAAAAAUAAGAAACAGAACAAAGAUGAUCGAUUUGAUUUUUAAAUGACUUAUGGUUUUAUCGAUAUUAUUUAGGAUGAGAAUUAUAUUGAUUUUAUUUAACUAUUUAUUACAAAAACAA